AUGGAAAGACAAAUUCUACUCAGCAAACAACAGCAACAUGAAGGUGCCAGCAUCGAUAGCACUGGCUAUGCUGAAGAGACUGGCUACGCUGACUUUUCUAUUGGAAUGAUACCACAGCGUAAAAACACUCGAAAGCGAAUCUGGUCAAUCAUUAGCAAAACUGCGCUCAUACCGGCCGUUGUGGCUAUCUUCUACCUUGGUCGAGCUACGAGCGAUAUAUCACCUGCGAGACCGCCGGAGCCUGUAUCGUUGGGUAAAUGUUCGCCUGAUUGGCGAGAGUCAAAGGCCCGGGGAUGCGUAUAUGAUUUUGUCCUUUCAACCUGGAUGCAUCCACGAUGCUUCAAUGAGGAGAUGCAUGAGCGGUAUCUUGGGUACAUGCAAUGGAGAAACACGACUUUCUGGUACGAGAGAGAACGAAUAAACAAGGUCCCUUUCGACAUAGCGGUGAAGGGAGAGCAUGGCGAGCUCUUCACAGAUGGAACAGUUCACCACAUGCAUUGCAGUUAUGUGUGGGACAGAAUUACGUAUGCCUCACACUUCAAGCCAAGGAUUCUGGACUCGCUUUGCAGGGAUCCGAAGCAUGUCGAGCACUGCAUUCUGUACAAUGGCAUUCCUCAGUCAUGGGAAAUUGACUUGCCGAAUAUUACGCGCAUCUAUAAUGAGCCUCAUGAAGUUGAUUGCUUGGUGGGAUGA